UUUUAACGGAAUUUUAAAAAUAGUUUGUUUAUUUCACACAUACUGGCUGAGCUUAUGUGUAAAAAUUGCACGCAGCGCACGUGUCAAACCUGCAAAAAUUUUCCUUUAUUCUUUGUGCCUAGUCGACGCCAAGUUACCUCCGCAAACUUUACAAGGGUAUAACUGCAAUAGAAGAUGUUGCUGAGGCGAUAUACCAUCUCGAAGAGACAAAUUGGGACUUGCUUGCCGCGAUCAACAGAGUGAUGCCACAGGACGGCAACAGUUCCGCGGCGCCCAGCAACGACACACACGACGUCGAGAUGAUCGACGACGAUAUAUCUGUGAUAACACCAAAAACCCACCCGCCAGACCGAGAAGACAGUAAUCAAGCGUCAACGUCGUCGCCCAACAACAGCACAACAGACCUGGUGGAGCUACAGGUCCACUGUAACAACAAAAUACACGAGAUCAAGAUGUCAGGAUCGGCGACAGUCAGUGAUUUAAAGAAACGUCUGGAGGUGGUGUGCGGCGUGCCGGUGUGCCGCCAGCAGAUCUCGGGGCUGGGCGGGUCGCGCGCCACGUCGGGCGCCGCGCUCGCCAGCCUCGGCCUGGCGCGCAACGCCAUCCUCAGGCUCAAGCCCGCCGACCAGCUCAUGGCGGACGACGAGGUGGCGGAUAGGUUAACAAUGACGUAUGUACUCCACGUAAAACAUGAAGAGAAAGACUACACGCUAAAAUACCCCGGCACGAAGACGGUGCGAGAAGUUAAAAACGACAUUUAUUCGCUAACAGACAUUCCCGCUAGGCAUCAGGUCUGGACAGGUUGGCCCACUGUGACUGGUUUGGACGACACAGUGUUGGCGAUGGUCGGGCUGCAGCUGCCACAACACGAACUCACAGUCAAACGGGCUGCCAGCAAACAACAGAAAGAAUACAAAAGGAUAAUAGUGGAGAGCUCAGACAGCGAUAACAGUUCGGUGGAGGAGAUAGAGGACACGGCGGAUGGGUUCACCGGCGAGGACGACAUGUUCGUGGACCUCGUGCAGUCUGAGAGGCUACAGCCGCUGAUGUCGGACAACGUGGAGGACGAGGCGCUGGGCUGCAUUGAGUUCGCAGCGCGGUUCCGCGCCCGCUACGGGCCCAACUCGCCCAACUUCUUCGAGGGCACAUUGCACGACGCCAUCAAGGAGUCCUGCCUCAAACCUGCCAAAGAGAGAAAGUUGCUAGGCGUAUACCUACACCACGAACAGUCGGUGCUGUCGAACGUGUUCUGCGCGCAGCUGCUGGGCGCCGACGCGGUACUACAGACGCUCUCCGCCAACUUCAUCGUAUACGGAUGGGACCUCACGCACCCGCACAAUAACAACAUGCUACUGACGUCGAUCGCGAACGCCCUCGGCCCAGUGGCGAGCAUGACCAUACGUAGCAUCCCCGUGGACCGGCUGCCCGCGCUGCUAAUCAUCAUGCGCGUGCGCUCAAACACAGAGAUAUACUCUGUUAUCAACGGCAACGUGGGCGUGUCGGAGCUGGUGGGCGGGCUGGUGGAGGCGCUGGAGCGGUUCGGCGCCCAGCGCGACGAGGACGCGCGGCUCGAGCGCGAGCGCGACGCACGCCAGCGAGUCAAGCGCGAGCAGGACGAGGCCUACAUGCGCAGUCUGGAGGCCGACAGAGCUAAAGAAGAAAUAAAGAAACAACAAGAAUUAGAAAGGAAUCAAGAGUUAGAACGGGCGGAAUCAGAGAGACUAAUGGAGGAAGCAAAGAAAGAGGCGAUGCGGUCGGUAGCGGCGUCGCGCGUCCCCCCGGAGCCGUCGGAGGCGGCGCGCGGCGUCACGCGCAUCCGCGUGCGACUGCCGCCGCCGCACCACGACUGUCUCGAGCGACGCUUCCACGAGGACGACACGCUCGCGGCAGUAUUAGAUUUCCUUGCAUCCAAAGGCUACCCACAAGAGAACUACAAGGUUAUAUCAAGUUGGCCUAGAAGAGACUUGACAACGGAAUCUCACAGCAGCACACUGAAGGCGUUAAAGCUGUGCCCGCAAGAGACAGUGAUGCUAGAAGAGCGGUGAAUAUAGGCGAGCGCGCGCAUGCGCCCCUUCCUCGACGUCGCCUUGACCGCGCCGCCCCACAACCACAAUACACUGAGCACACUUUGUAUACCUUCAUAGUUUUUUUCUGUGAAUGUAAAUAAGCAUUGAAUGACUAGUCCUUUUAGAACCAUAAAUUGUCAUAAUGCAUACCAUAGUAAAUUUAAUUGUGUUUUCAAGUAUACUUAAAUUCUAAACAACACAUUUUCUUAUGUAAAUUUUGUAUUAAAUCUUCAUUUCCUUAGUUUUCCUUCCAAAUGGGGUAUUAAAUGUUUUGUUGCUAUCACCGAUCUGACUAAGAAGCUGUUUAAAUGCAAAAGACGCCAACAGGAACCUAUACAUCAAUUAUAAAUUAGAUAUAUAAUCCAAGUUAUAAACAGAACAUAUACUAAGUAGACGUCUGAUAUAUUGUUAAGUGUGUUAUACAUACCUUUACUGCAGACAAGUAUAUGCAGUGUGCUCGGCUCUUAAUUUCCCCUAAACCACACUCGAACCUAAUCCGAAACAUAAGACUCGCUCGAAGGGAUGUAAUAGCGAUGUACCCAUAUCUAUGUCUAUAUAAUUCCGAUAUAUUGCGUCUAUUCGAGCGAGCCUGCAUUGUUAAGUAAUCGUACAAACUACAAAAACUAUUUAACAAUAACAUCAUUGAUAUGUAUUGUUUUGUGGUAUCGUGGACAAGUAUCAUUUACAGUCGAAAUAGUUUCUAAAGAUAUAUGUAUAUAUAUCGUAACUUUAAUUAGAAUCACAAUAUUUAUCGUUACUACUGUGAAAAUUACCCUUUGAUAUCUUUGCAAACAUUUCGACGGUACACAUUAUUUGAAUUAAAAUUCAACUUUAUAUGUUGAUCUUUUUUCGCAAAGCGUUAGGCGAUAUCUAAAUCUUUCCACAGUCCAAAGUAAGUACCUUUGUUAGUCUCCGAGGGGCGCUUUGUAGUGAUGUCACUUCGCGCGGUACAAUUCCAAAUGCUGCAUUAAGUAUGAAGCUUAUAAACAGUUAAAUAAUUAGUCAGUGGCAGAUACAUAUUUAUCUGCAUAGCUUACUUUAAAUCCUCAUUUAUAUUUAUAUAAAUGGUUAUAGCUUAAUAUGUAAAUUUAUUGAUAAUUUUAUUAAAGUCGUACCGUGUGUAAUCGGCUUUGUACUGAUUGUUUCAUUUAGACAGCUAUAGUGUAUGUACAAAACAAUAUAAAUUAUAAUUCAAUGUUCAAGUAUGGAAUAUUUGUAGUUUUACACAAAACCUCACAGGAGUGUAACAGUAUGAUGAGGAUUUGAUUUAUCCGAAUAAACCAAUGAAAACAGA